AGGUGACAUCACGGGAGCUGCGUCGGCCAACCUUAUGUCCUCCUGGUCUGAGAGCAUCAUAGUGAAGAAGGAGCUGCUGAAGAAGGUGGCCAGGAAAGACAAGUACCGUGUCAAUAGCAAGCAUGACCCGAAGUACUCCCUGCUGCCUCCCAGCGAUAUUGUGCGUCAGACGGAGGAGCUGGUCGGGCAGAGGAUGCUCUACAAGAUAAGCAGGGACAACAGUGAGCACUUCGUGAACGAGCUGCACUAUGGAGUCCACCACAGCGACCAG